AUGAAACUCCUUAAGCUAAAACAUCCCAUAGUUAUGAAGUGAAGGGAAUCCUUAAAAACUGAUGGGAGGGCAGCCAUGUCAUCUGAACAUCCGGUGGACAUCAAAGACUGGAAUAAAGACCAUGUGAGAAAAUGGAUGCUUGACAUAAAAGUGGACAGAGAAGAUGCAGACAUUUUUUACAGUCAGAGAAUUAAUGGGGCUGGGCUUCUCCUCUUGGAGGAGAAGGAUUUUAGGGAACUAGGUCUGUCACUGAAUGCAAGAAAACUGGUUAUUCACAACAUAGGCCUAUUGAAACAAAAGGCUAAGCAGAGAAAUGACAUGGUGACUUGGUCUUGUAGCCUGAAGCCUUACCCUUUUAAUAGAUUUAAUGCAGCUCACAGGUACAGAGAAAACACCACUCUAGAUGUAACCGAAACUGGUCCUAUAGACCUCAUUCAACCCUGCCAUGAAUUCAAAGCCUUCACCAACACAACAGAAAAGGACAGGAGGCAAAAAUACACUUAUGAGGUGAUACGAUUUGCAGCAGCUUGCAUGAAUAGCCGCACAAAUGGCACCAUUCAUUUUGGAGUAGCAGAUAAACCACAUGGACAAAUUCUGGGUAUACAUGUUCAGAGAACUGAUGAUUUUGAUGUACAACAGUCACAUGCAAUUGAAAGACAUUUUAUGUCGGACAGGAUUGUUCGGAUAGCAAAGAUGUGCAUUAAACCCCCUCGAUUUGUUGAAGUUCUCAAAGUUGACAUGACAUCCUCUGGAAAAAGUGUUAUUGAAGUGGACAUAGAGCCAUCCUCUAUAGUCUGUCAAGACCUUUAUUUCAACACAUAUGAUGUAGAAAAGAAUAACAAGAAACUCAAAAAUAAAGACAAGAUACCUGAGCCCAAAGCAACAGGCAAGAAGAAGCACGAUAACAAGUCUUUCUUCAUAAGAGACUGCAGCAGCAGUAAGAAUCUUUGCACAUCUGAUUCCUCAAAGGAGUAUGAGAAGCAUAUUGCUAACAUGGCACAUUUAUCCCUGUUGAGAAAGAAAGCUGAAGAAAAGCAUCUCUCUGUUGUCAAAAACAGUGUGCAAGGUUCUAAACUAUGUGAGAUGAUAACAGGAGGGACACAAUCUUUGGACAGGUCACACUUUGCAUGGUACAUUGUGGUGGCCAACAAAUCUCAUCCAAUUCAGCUGGAAAACUUCAGUUUCCUUCAUCACAUGGAUCUACUGGCUGUUUUGGAUUUUGAUCCAGAAUCUGCGGAAAGUGGCUUGAUUGAGAUAUUCAAAGAGAAGAAAACAAAUGUUCAUUUACCAGCUCAGUAUAAAGUAACAGAGGCAGUUGAGGACAUUGCAGACAAGUUAAAGCUGACUAAAAAUACAAGUUGGGUUUUCUGUAAUGGAGGAAUUCAUGGGGAAAGCCCCUCUGGUCCCUUUAACUGGUUAACUGAAAAAGGAUCCUCUGUGCGUGAUGUUGUUUCUUUUCUGUGCCGAAAAGAUGUGCUGCAUCACAAAACAUUUCUUGUCUUAUUCUUGCUUUUAGAUCAUGUGAGUGAUGGAAAAGACCCAUUGCUUGAAAUCUUCAGUAUCUUUUUACAGGAGCUUAAGGGAGAGAACCAAAUCUUAUGCAUCUGUGACAAUGCAACAUCAUACACCAACUGGAAGGAUCUCAUUCAGGGCCGAUAUGGAGUUGACAUCUCUAAGAGAUGUAUUUAUGAGCUGAGCUUUGCUGAAGUCAAUGGCACUGUGCUAAGUCUAUGGUCUGAAAACCGCAAAUCAAGCCGCUUUCUGCCUUGUGGUGGUGGCGGUAAAGUUGUGCUCUCAAAGAAAACAGAAGAAUCCUUACAUAUGCUGAGUAUUCUUUGUGUGAACCAGUGUGAAGGUGGUAAUGAGGACAAACAACAUCAUGAAGAGAUCUUUUAUAAGGGAGGCAAAGUGUCUUGGUGGAACUUCUACUUCUCAGAACAGCCUGGCUCAAUGUCGUUCAUCAAACGAGACAAGUUUGACUACAUUGUGAACACUAUUAUUCCAGACAUAUGCAGUCGUAUGAGAGUGUGUGAGUUUUUCAACAUCUUCCAUCUUCCAGGGUGUGGUGGCACUACAUUGGCCAUGCAUGUUCUGUGGACACUCAAGGAUAAAUUUCGUUGUGCGGUGCUGAAGGACACAACAGAUGACACUGCAGCAGAACAGGUAGUGCAGCUACUAACAUAUGAGGCAAUCGAGCAACCUACGCGUCUUCCUGUUUUGCUCAUGAUCGACGACUUCCAAAACAUUUUGGAUGUCAAAAAACUCCAACUUCAAAUUGAGGAGGAAUGUCAGAGGCAAAAUCUUUCUUCAAAGUCUCCACAAGUCAUAAUUGUCAAUUGCAUGAGAGUUGAAACUUGUGUACAGACUGAUGAUACAGUUUUCAUUGGAAACAAUUUAUCUGAGAAGGAACAGAAACUAUUUGAAGAAAAGCUAAAGGAGAUUGAGAAGACCAACAGAAACACUAAAACAUUUUAUGGAUUUAUGAUUCUAAAGACCAACUAUUCCUCCACCUAUAUACAGGGUGUUGUAAAGAACACACUCAGGGGCUUCAAUCUCCAACACAAACACGCUCAGCUUUUCGCUGUUCUUGUCCUCUUGCAUUUCUACUACAAAGAUGCAGUGCUGUCAGUCUCUACAUGUGAAGAGUUUCUUGAUUUGCAAAUGAAAGCAGAUUCUAAAUCCUGCAAUGUUGAAAAUGGAUUCAAGACGUUUUCCACUCUUUUGACAAAAUGUACCGUUGAUUCUAAAAUCACCUUUGAGGGUGUGCGGGUGAUUCACUCAAGUAUAGCUCAACACUGCUUGAAGGAGCUUUCAGCUUCUCAUGGAGUGACAAAGGCAGAAAUCACUAACAUUCUGCUUACAACAGAGUUAUUUUAUGUGUACACUCUGGGAAAACAAAAAUUAAUGCAGGAUGUUCACAGCAUGUUGGUAAGGAGGCAAAGUUCAGUUGAGGCUGAAGACUCCCUUUUUUCACCUCUUAUUCAAGAUAUAAUGAAAGAAACCCCAGGGAUGGAAGAAACUGUUCUUCUUAAUGCAGCAAAGUGCUACAGAAAGGAUGCAGUAAUACCUCAGCUUCUCGCCAGGUACUAUUACAUCAAGAAACAAGACUUUGCUAUGGCCAUGGAUUGGGCUAAGAAAGCCAAAGAACUUUCAAGGGAGAAUUCAUACAUAUGCGAUACGGUAUCCCAGGUACUUGUAAAUAUGCUCAAGCGUGCUUUUCGCGACGACAAAGAUGAUCCCAUCAGGCCAGAAAGUCUUGAUAGGUAUCUUACAUUGGCUAAGACGGCAACAGAAGCUUGCAAAGAAACACAACAAACAGCAAACAAAGAAGCCAUGACUCGACUGCAAAGACAAAAGGAUUAUAUUACCUACAACACUGCUGGCCAUCUCUGUGAACUUCAAGUUGCAGCUACAGUCAUAGAAAUCCUACAAAAGACGCCACUGUAUAAAUCACGAACAGAGCUGGAGGGAUCUGACACCAGGCAAUCAACAGAUGCAGAAAGUGAGCCAUAUGAAAAAGUACUAGGGAGGCAUGUCAACUUUCUAACUCAACAUAAAGCAACGAUGAAGCAAGAUUUUGUUUUUCUUGAGACCUUUUUUGUCAACUUGGUACCCUUUUUUGCUGGGAAAGACAAACAAAAAGAGGCAAUCAAACACAAGGUUUGCAAGUAUUUUCAACAGUAUACUGAACUCUUCUGUAAAAUCAAUUGGAGUGAGCUACGUAACAAAGAGUUAAUGAACGCCACAAAUAGAAAAUCACAGAUUCGUGAAUGUCUGGAGAAGAACAGGGGUGAUACAUAUACUGGCCUUCUGGAAUAUUUAUAUGAGGAAAACUCUUCAUCAACUCUUGAAGAGAUCCUCCAGCAGUAUCAUUUCUUUCUGGAUCCCAAAACAGAGGACAGAAAACUGAUGGACACUAUAAACUUUAUUUAUGCCAAUGUAAUUCUAGCCAACAUCAACCCGAAAUCUCAGUACAUCAUGCCCUACCAAGACCUUCGCAAAUUGCUCCUGAAUUUAAACACUUGCCCAAGAUCACUGAGUGAGAUUCUGCCAUUGUACUACAUCUCAAUUUUGUUAUUAUGGCAAGAGGCCCACCGUGACUUGCCAACUUUUGUGUCACAAAUGAAGGCAUCAUAUUCAAAAGAGCUGAAACCCCUGUCUAAUGGAAAGAGAGCAGCGGUCCACUUUUACUUAGGAAAGGAUAGAGGUUACAGUGGCCUACUUUCCUAUAGGGAUAUUAACCGCUGUUUAGGACCAGGAGAGGACAUCUUAACUCAGUGGGACAACGAAAAAAUAUGGAAGACAGUAAGAAACAGUAAGAAGCUUCAAAGAGUUUCAGGUGAAAUUCGCAACAAUUUGAUCUGGGUUGCUGAUGUGAAGGUUAUGGUCGAUCCAAUGUUUGUAACUCAGUUACGCAAAGGAUCUGGCGCCCGUGUGAAAUUCUUCAUCGGAUUCUCAAUGAAUGGACCAGUGGCACUUGACAUAUUGUGAUUCAAAAGGAUCACCAGAAUGAUCUACAAAUGUAUCUACAAAGACAAAGCUUUCUUUAUUUCCAUUAAUACAAUUAAAACUCAAACAGACUCAUGGACUCAAAGCUCUCUAGUUGCUAGAGAUUUGCCUCAUAUUUUAGCUUGCCUCAUUAUUUUAUCUUAUACAUACCAAUAUAAAGCAAUUUCUCAAUCACUGACAUUGCAAGAUUUCAAGCUAUGUUUUAGCAGAAAUGCCAGAUUUGAUGUGAAUUUUUCUGACCUUAUGCUUCACAUAUGAGCAGGCGCAGCCAUUGGAACCUUACUGGCUUAAGUCUUAUGUUCUCAUUCACUUCCAUAAAUUUUAACUGUAAAAACACCUUGUUAUGCAGCUUGAUGUUGCAAACUGAUAUUUUGUAAUUACAUAACUUUUAGUUUUAUGUAUUGUCAGGAACACACUUGUUUGUCGGAAGGAAGUUCUAAACCGAUCACCAAAACAAGCGCACUUCCACAUUGCAGAAUAAGGUCAAUAUAAGCAUGUGCAUGAGAAGUGAGUAAAACAUUAAAUUCAAGAGACUUUUGUGCUGUACUUAACUUAAACUGGGUUUUCUACUGUUUGUUUUGACUUUUACAAGUGUUUUACAUGUAUUUUGAGUUGUUUAGCAGUGUUUUUGGUCUUCGGAAAUGUAAUAAACAGAAGAGGUACUGGGAAUUUGCUGUUUUUUCCAUUUGUUCCAGUAUGAUGUUUAAGCAACAUUCUGCCUUUGUUUUUUUUCUUUUUACUUUUGUACAUUGUUUUUCUGUAAUAUGUGUAACAAAAAAGUCAUAAAUCCCUGUUAACAAGCAGAAUAUUUCUAUGUCCUUGUGGUUAGAAGACUUAAUAUAUUUAAGUUAACAAAGG